AUGCAGGCAAUCAAAUGUGUAGUCGUGGGUGAUGGUGCCGUUGGUAAAACUUGCCUGUUAAUUUCUUAUACAACAAAUGCAUUUCCCGGUGAAUACAUCCCAACAGUCUUUGAUAACUAUUCAGCAAACGUAAUGGUCGACGGCAAACCUAUCAAUUUGGGAUUGUGGGAUACAGCAGGCCAAGAAGAUUACGACCGAUUGAGACCAUUGUCCUAUCCUCAAACCGACGUGUUUUUGAUUUGCUUCUCCCUCGUCAGCCCGCCCUCUUUUGAAAAUGUCAAGACCAAGUGGUACCCGGAAAUCAGCCAUCAUGCACCCAAUACGCCCAUGAUUCUCGUUGGCACCAAGCUGGAUCUACGUGAGGAUCCUGAGACAAUUGCACGACUCCGUCAAAAGCACAUGGCACCCAUUUCAUACUCUCAAAGCUUGCAAAUGCAAAAGGAGAUUGGCGCGGUGAAAUAUUUGGAAUGCUCAGCAUUGACACAAAAAGGCUUGAAGAACGUGUUUGAUGAGGCCAUCCGUGCAGUCCUUUGCCCUGCUCCUCCUCCGAAAAGGCAAAAGAAGUGUAUGAUUCUGUAA